CUUUUAUCUUUCUUCUCUCCUUGUCUUUCUCUUUCUCCUUCAAAUUUCUUUGUUACUUCAAUCUCUGAGAAUUGUAUGACUCUCUAGUACUACUUGUACUUUCCUUCAUCCCUCUAGUCAGCAAGACACAAGCAUACACCUUCAUUUCAACACUAGGAAAUCAAGUCAAUCCUUAAAAUGGAGAACACGAUGUCUCUUCUCCAGAACGCUUUCAACUCAUUUCUGUUUAACAUACCCCCCAAAGAGUUGGAGGACCUGCUCAAGCACCUACAGAACGCGAGAGCUCAGGAGCAGAGGCAGCCCCCGCCCAGGAAUGAGAACCCCACUAAUCGUAUCAAUCCAAGCUCAGACACUGUUCGUGGCCCUGCAGUUCGCUCCACUUUCAAUUCCCGGUCUACAGCUUCUCGGGGAAGACGAAUUCAGGAUGGAAAGAGAAGGCCACUGAACAGUUUCAUUGCUUUCAGAAGUUUUUACUCUGUGAUUUUCCCCGACCUUACUCAGAAAGCCAAAUCAGGAAUCCUUCGUUUCCUCUGGCAGAAUGAUCCAUUCAAAGCCAAGUGGACAAUCCUCGCCAAAGCCUACUCUAUCAUCCGUGAUGACCACGACACCGAGGUGGCUCUGGAGUCUUUUCUGAACUUGAAUGCCAAUGUAAUAGGUGUACCAGAACCAAGUCGCUACCUGGAUGCAAUGGGCUGGCAACUGAACGCCGAAGGCCCUCAACAGUACACAAUGGCUCGAAUCAGAAUCACAACUCCGACAGAAGCCGAGCUUUCCACUAAUUAUUCGGUCAGUGACAUUAUCAAUCACUGUUAUGCGGCUGGGUACGUCUCCGAGAGCACACGUAAAAACGCCAGGACUCAGGAUUUCAAUGCCCCCGUUAUGGCCUUUGCUGCUCAGCCUACUUCGGUUGUUCAAAGAAACAACAGCAUCCAAAUUUCCGGCAACCACACUCGUGUUAAAGAUGACCUCAAUGGACGUCCGCCGAUGGAGAUUACAACCCCUGACUCAACACAAGGUACGGAUUCCCCGAAUCUGAGUGACAUGAGUCCGUUGCUCGAUGAGGCUUCGUUCGAAGUGACCAAUGUACCCGCCAUGUAUGACACCCCACAGUCUCAAGAACCGCCUGUUGAAAACGUUCUGGAUCUUGAAAAUAUGGAACUUCCAAACUGGUACAACCCAGCUGCUCUUAUGCCUUACAACGAAGCCCGGUUGAUGCAGGAAACGCUCGAAACUUUCGACUUUAACCCUUUUCUGGACAUCUAA